AUGAGGAUUCUUUGUUGGAACUGCCGAGGUGUUGGUAAUCCUCUUGCAGUUAAUGCUAUGGAGGAUCUUGUUUUUUAUUAUAAACCUUCUAUUUUAUUUCUUAUGGAAACUAAAGUUCAUGGUGUAAGAAUGAAUCAAAUAAAGAACCUUUUCCAUUAUUCGAAUUGUUUUUCUGUUGAUAGUAUUGGUAUUGGUGGGGGUUUAUCUUUGAUGUGGAAUAAUGAUGUUCAGUUACAAGUUUCUUACUUUUCUUCAAAUUUUAUUGACUGCACUAUUGGUACUGGCUCUGCUCAAUGGUGUUUUACAGGGUUCUAUGGUUGUCCUGAACCAACUCGCCGCCGUACUUCUUGGAACCUGUUGCGUGAGCUAUCUUCACGUAAUGAUUUACCUUGGUUAUGUUGUGGGAAUUACAAUGAUAUUGCAGCGCCUGAAGAGAAGAGUGGGGUCCUCUUCGAGCUUCUCAUCUUAUUUCUGGUUUUCGGGGGACGUUAUGCUUUAUCUUCAAUUUUGGUUGCUCCCGUGUCUGAUCACAACCCUUUGUUAGUUGAAACUACUGCUCCUACUUGUCAUAUAGGGAGUAGGCGUUUCCGUUUUGAUAAUUCAUGGCUCGAGGAUCCUGAGCUGGGUGAGGUUGUUUCAAAAUCAUGGGCAGAGGGGGUUCGGUUGGACUUUCUUGCUAAAAAGGAUUUUACUGCCAAUCGUAUUGUGCAGUGGGGUCGGAACAAAAAUAUAUUGAAAUGGGCUCAGAAAGAUAUGAUCAGAAAAUGGCUUGAAGAAGAUAUUGAUUCGGUUGAUAUAAGGGAGGUGCGUCGGCUUAAGGAGCAAUGGAAUCAAAUUCUAGCGGAAGAGGAGAUUAGAAUUCGCCAACAAGCAAAGCUCUUUUGGUUUCGCAAUGGAGACAAAAACACUAAAUAUUUCCACAAUAAUAUUAAGGCGCGAAGAAGGCAAAAUCGUAUUGUGGAAAUUACAACCUCGGAUGGCUCUAUUUCUUCUGAUCAGCAUGUAAUUGCGGAUACUUUUCAAUCAUAUUUUCAGGAAUUAUUCUCUGGUGCAGUUGCCGAUUUUGGUGAGGUGAUUAGCUUGGUUCAGCCAAAAGUUGAUUCUCAUGAUAAUGCUAUGUUAACUGCAACUUUUGUUGAUGAAGAAUUCAGGCACGCUCUUUUCCAAAUGAAUCCAGAUAAAACGCCGGGAUUAGACGGCCUUAACCCAGCAUUUUUUCAGAGGCAUUGGAAGAUUCUUGGUCCGGAUAUUUGUAAAGCUUGUCGCGAAUGGUUGGCUAGAGGUGCACUUCCAGCUAAUAUUUCAAAUACUUUGCUUGUGUUGAUCCCUAAAUGUGAUAAUCCGAUGUUGGUGAAGGAUUUUAGGCCUAUCGCUCUGUGCAAUGUGGUAUAUAAAACUUUAUCUAAAGCUUUGGCUAACCGUUUUAAGAGAGUAUUAGAUAAGAUCAUUUCCCCUAAUCAGUCGGCAUUUGUCCCCGGUCGUCUGAUAACUGAUAAUUUUAUUGUUGCUUUUGAAACUAUACAUGGUUUAAAGCAACAAACUAGGGGAUCUGAUGGUUUUUGCGCUUUGAAAAUUGAUAUUGCUAAGGCAUAUGAUAGGGUUGAUUGGGCUUAUUUAAGUGCAAUGUUGUCUGCUUUGGGGUUCUCUACUACCUGGAUUGGUUGGAUGCGCAUGUGUUUUUCAGAUAUUAUUUACAAAAUUACUCUUAAUGAUUCUGAGAUUGGGCCAGUUAUUCCAACGAGGGGGUUGCGUCAAGGUGACCCGAUUUCACCUUAUCUUUUUUUUAUUGUUGCUGAGGGCUUGUCUUUGCUUAUUCAGAACAGAGAGAGUCUGGGGCUUAUUCAGGGUUGUCCAGCAAAACAGGGUUGUCCCAGAAUUUCUCACUUGUUUUUUGUUGAUGAUUCUCUGCUCUUUUUUAAGGGCAUAGUCAUGGAGGCCUCACAGGUGAAAUCUCUUUUAGCAGUUUAUGAAAAGGCGUCUGGGCAGUCUAUUAAUUUUGACAAGUCUGCUAUCAUGUUCAGUCCUUGCAUUCGUGAUGAUAUUUGCAUUGCAGUUUCUACGGUUCUCAGUGUUCAUCAAUCUCUGGGUACUAGUACUUAUUUGGGACUGCCUUCGCUGGUGAUGUUGAACAAAUUCUGGUGGAGUGGUAGUAUGGAUGAUCGGAGAGGUAUUAAUUGGCUGGCGUGGGACCGUAUGUGUUUCAGAAAGGGGAUGGUGGUAUGGGUUUCCGUGAUCUGCGGUGCUUCAAUGUUGCGUUGUUUGAGUGUUCACUCAUCUCAACAACUGUUGGUGCGGGGUACUCGUUGGAGAGUGGGAGAUGGUAGAAGCAUUUUUGUUAAGAAUAAUCCUUGGUUGCCAAGUGAUUCAAAUUUUGUGCCGAAUGAUCCUAUGUUCAUUGAUGAUGCCAUGCAUGUUAGUGAUCUGUUUGUGCCUGGAGAGUUGCGGUGGGAUUUGGAGAAGGUGUUGAAUAUUUUUUCCAUGGAUGAUGUGCGAUCUAUUCUAGCUAUUCCUUUGCCACUUAAUCCUAGACCGGAUAAGCUUAUUUGGCAUUUCGAGAAGAGGGGCUUUUAUACGGUCAAAACAGCAUAUUAUUGUGUGCUUUCUAUGCUUGGUCGGCAUCUAAGGGUGGGUACAUCGGACUUGUGGAAGAAGGUGUGGGCUCUUGAUGUCCCUCCAAAGGUUCGGGACUUUAUAUGGAGAUUGUUUCGUGGUGUUUUGCCUACUCGAGACAAUUUGGCUAGGAGAGGUGUCGACGUUCCAUUGGGGUGCUUGUUUUGUGAUGCGAAUGAGUCUAUUGACCACCUUUUCUUUUCUUGUCCCAUGGCUAUCCAUAGUGCUGCCAAUACUUUUUAUACAGAUUACCUUCAUUGUGGUCUUGAUAAGCAAAGUGCACCAAGUCCGAGUCUUCUCUCUAUUAAUGCAGGUUCGGCUUCUAGUGCAUCGGAUUGGCUAGCUUAUGUGGAUUGUGCCACUUUCUCAACUUCGAAUUUGUUUGGAUUUGGUGCUGUGUUUGAAGAUGCUGAAGGAGUUUUUUCAAUUGCAAUUUCUGGUUAUACUGAAGGUCGUGGUUCUCCUGCUAUUGUUGAGGCAUUGACCUUGCGUCAAUGUUUAAUGUAUGCUCGUGAUGCUUUCCUACAGGCUGGAAGUAUUUUCAUUGAUAGUCAGGUUUUAUUCUUCGCCUUUCGCUCAAAUUCGGAGGACUUUUCUGAGUUUGGAGUCAUUGUUUCGGAUUGUAAAGAUAUUCUGCUUCUUUGUCCAAAUAUUUCGUUAUGCUGGAUUAGACGUAGUGCGAAUAAGGCUGCUCAUCUGUUAGUAAGACAGUCUAUUCGUUUUAAUCGUUUUAAACUCUGGAUUGAUAUGUCUGAGUGUCUGUUUGAGCAUUAUAGUUCAAGAUAA